AUGCAUCUCAUCCUCACCGGCGCAACAGGCCUAGUCGGCUCCGGUGUCCUCGACGCCAUGCUCGCAAUGAAAGAAGUCACCAAAAUCUCCAUCCUAAGCCGACGACCAGUCCAAAUGGCCGAGGACGCCCAAGAUCCCCGAGUGAAGGUCAUCAUCCACCAGGACUUUGAAACCUACGACCCAACGGUCCUCUCCCAGCUCCAGGGGGCAACAGGCUGCGUAUGGGCUCUGGGUAUCAGCCAAACAAAAGUCGACAAAGACGAAUACCUCAAAAUCACCAAAACCUACGCCCUCGAAGCCGCAAAAGCCUUCCAGUCUCUCCCCUCGCCAACCCAAUCCUUUCAUUUCGUCUACGUCUCCGGCGCAGGCGCCACCACGAAACCCGGCUUCUUCGCUUCGCUCUUCGCCCGCGUCAAGGGCGAGACCGAAGUGGAACUCGCGCAGCUGCGUCGCCAGUCCCCGCUGUUUAGGGCCAGUUCCGUCCGUCCUGCAUUUGUCGACUGCGCACACCACGGCGCGAUCAAAAAGUAUCUCCCUCCGCGGCCGGCCUACGAGACCCUCCUCCGGCCCUUGGGGCCUGUAAUGCGGGGGAUGGCGCCGGGGCUCUGUAGUCCGACGGAGCAUCUGGGGAGGUUCUUGACGGAGAUGGCGAUGGGGAGGUAUGAGGAUCGGUUGGUUGGGGGGAAGGAUGUGCAGAUGGUAGGGGAGAUGCCCAUACUAGAGAACACGGCGUUCCGGCGGUUAGCUGGGUUGAGUUCAUGA